UCAUUUACCAUUUUCGCUCCAAAUUGAAAUACUCUAAAACUACAAGGGCCAACUUGACUUUUUAUUCUUUAACUCCACCCUACCAUCGCCGCCGGGUGAAUUCCGUUUACCGGAAUCACACCUCUCCUCCGCCAUUAACAAUGGCUUCCUCAGCUUUCAUGUCAAUCAAAAGGACCAAAAUAACCUUUUCUCUGAACUCAUUCUCCAUCACAAAAUCUACCCUUUUCUCCACACUAAUCAAGAAACAUCACCAAAUUUUCUCACCUCAAAUUACUUCUCCACCAGUGCCAAAAAAACUUCCUUUUACAGUUUCUGCACAUGGGGUUACGUGGAAUGAUCCUUACCAUUGGAUGCGCAAAACCAACGACCCUGAUUUUAUCAACUAUCUUCAGCAAGAAAAUUUAUAUGCUCAGUCUCUCAUGAAGGAUACUGAGGAAAUACAAAAGGGUUUGUUUUCUGAGAUGAUUAGUAGAAUGCCUUCCAAGAUUUCUACUCCACCUGAAUUAUGGGGUCCUUGGUUAUACUACCAGUACAUUCCAGAAGGGAAGGAGUAUCCAGUAUUAUGUAGGAAACUGGCUGCUGAGAGCAAAGGUUGGAUGAAGACUGUAUCAAGUUAUGUGAUUGGCGUUUCUGGGAAGGAACAAAUACUACUUGACUGGAAUGAAAUUGCGGAAAGAUAUGGAUAUGUGCAUGUGGGUACGUGUCGAGUGUCUCCAGACCACAAUUAUCUUACUUACACAAUUGAUAUUACUGGUAGUGAGCAAUUUGUGCUUCAGAUUAAGGACCUCCGAAAUGACUGCAUACUGCCAACCCUGGGAGUUGAAGGGGUUGUUAGCGUGGAAUGGGCUCAAGAUUCUUGUACUUUCUUCUAUACAUUAUCUGACCAGAAUCAACGCCCUUACAGGGUACAUUGCGUAAAACUGGGAUCAGAUUCUGUUCAUAAUGUCCCAUUGUUUGUAGAAAAUGAUUCCAGUUUCUGUGUGGAUAUAGCAAGUACAAAAGACGGAAAGUUUAUUACUGUGAAUUCUAAUUCAAGAACUUCAUCUGAGGUUUAUGUCAUCAAUGCAACCAAUUUGCAGACUGGAAUUCAAAGAUUUUGUAAGCGUGUGUCUGGUGUACAAUACUUUCUUGAACAUCAUCAUGGCUUUUUCUAUGUUCUCACAAAUUCUCGUAAUGUUGGUGAGGAAUCACCUUCGAGUGGAAAGUAUUAUUUGGCUAGAUGCCCUGUCGAGAACUUACAGUCUACCUGUUUGGAGAAUAUUAUAGAACCCAGCGGGGACAUUUUCAUCCAAGAUAUGGACAUGUUUAAUGAACAUCUGGUGCUUUUUCUCAACAAAGAGGGUUCCUCAUCGAUAUGCUCUGUUGAUAUGGAAACGAUCAUCAAUUGUGAGGAACAAAUGAAGAUUGAUGAACUUAACCCAUGGUUCUUUCCUCUUCCCUCUGAUAUGUGUGCAAUAACUCCAGGGUCAAAUCAUGAUUUCACACGAUCUGUAUACCGCGCUGUUGUUUCUUCCCCAGUGAUGCCUGAUGUUAUUGUUGACUAUGAUAUGUCAAGAAGAACGUUCUCUGUCAUUCAGCAAGAAGAAGUAAUUAACGUUUCCCACAAUACAAAGUACCACUCAAACAAUGGAGAGAGAAGCAGAAAUGAGUUUUUGGGCGCCCCUUUACAGAAGGACCACAACAUUCAGAAUAAUGAAGUACAAAGAUGGAGCGACUUUGCUGAAAUUUAUUCCUGUCAAGAAAAAGAAGUGAUAUCGCAUGAUGGUGAAAGGAUUCCUAUAACUAUUCUAUUCUCUCGUAAAGCACAUAAGAAGGGUCAGUCUCCUGGGCUUCUACAUGGAUAUGGAGCAUAUGGAGAAGUGCUAGAUAAGAGCUGGUGUGUCGACCGCCUGAGCUUACUUGAUCGUGGUUGGCUGAUUGCAUUUGCUGAUGUAAGGGGUGGUGGUGGUCCAGAUCCUUCGUGGCACAAAUCUGGGAGUGGAAUGAGCAAAUUGAACUCUGUAAGUGAUUUCAUAGCAUGUGGCAAGUAUCUUGUCAGUGAGGGUUAUGUUCAUCAACAUCGGCUGGGAGCUGUUAGUGUAAGUGCAGGAAGUCUUCUUGUCGCGGCAGCAAUUAACAUGCACCCUGAACUUUUUCAAGCUGCAAUUCUGAAGGUUCCUUUUCUUGAUGUGUGCAGUAGCUUGCUGGAUCCCACCUUGCCUCUCACUGUUUUAGAUUAUGAAGAAUUCGGAAAUCCUCAACUACAGGCUCACUUUGAAUAUAUUUUGAAGUAUUCUCCAUAUGACAAUAUUCCUGAAGGAGUUUGUUGUCCACCGAUGCUUGUGAAAGCGUCAUUGAACGACUCCAGAGUUGGCGUUUGGGAAGCUGCAAAAUGGGUGGCCAAGAUACGAGAUAAAACGUGCACGAGGUGUUCUUCUUCAGUCAUACUGCAGACAAACAUGAGCGGAGGACAUUUUGGUGAAGGUGGUCGUUUUGGACAAUGUGAGGAAGCAGCUCAUGAAUACGCUUUUCUGAUGAAAGUCCUCGGGGAAUCUUGAUCUAAAAUGCAGCUUCUGGAUUUUGAUGAUGGAGGGUUGUUCUAGUGCUGUUCUCCGAGACUAGCUGGAAAAUAUUCAUCAGCUUAAGCUCUGCAUUAACCAAAUGCACCCGGAAUCUGCUCGUGGUACUUGGAACUUCCUGUUGUUGCAGAAUAGCGCGACUCAUGAGAGGAAGAGCUGGAGACACCAGAGGUCGACUGCUGUCAUGGUUGAGCUCAACAUUAUCUGACUUAUAGGUCACGAGUUCAAGCUGUGGAAUCAGCCACUGAUAGUAAGUGCCUACAUUACACAACCCAACGAGGCUCUCCCUAUAGGACCCUAUGUAAAUGCAGGAUGUUUCGUAUACUGGGAUGCCCUUUCUUAUACGCAAGAUAAAUUUCCAGAAUAAGAGUGUUAAAGUGACCCCAAUUGCUUGUAAGCUUAGCAUCCCAGACUAAUUGUCAGGUUUUAUCAGUGGAUUGAAGUAUUCCUUUUUGUUAUAAAACUAGUGGUCUUAUGAAUUUUUAAGUUACUAUGUAUAAUAUUGACGUGAAUUUAACUAGAGAA